AUGGGAGACUGGAGCUUCCUGGGUAGACUAUUGGAGAAUGCACAGGAGCACUCCACGGUUAUAGGCAAGGUCUGGCUGACGGUCCUGUUCAUCUUCCGAAUCCUGGUGCUGGGAGCUGCGGUGGAGGAGGUGUGGGGAGAUGAGCAGUCAGACUUCACCUGCAACACGCAGCAGCCGGGCUGCGAGAACGUGUGCUACGACAAAGCCUUCCCCAUCUCCCACACCCGCUUCUGGGUGCUGCAGAUCAUCUUCGUGUCCACGCCCACCCUCAUCUACCUGGGGCACGUGCUGCACAUCAUGCGCAUGGAGGAGAAGAAGAAAGGCAGGGAGGAAGAGAAGUUGAAGGGGGGCAACCUACACCUCAGUCCCGAUGGACAGUGUGGGCCCAGCAACCACAGCCAGAAGGACAAACUCAUUCUGCGGGACGACCGGGGCAAGGUCCCAAUUGCUGGGGCCCUGCUCCGGACCUACAUAUUCAACAUCAUCUUUAAGACGCUGUUUGAAGUGGGCUUUAUCGCUGGACAGUACUUUCUGUAUGGCUUUGAGCUAAAGCCACUCUACCACUGUGACCGGUGGCCCUGCCCCAACAUCGUGGACUGCUUCAUCUCCAGGCCCACAGAGAAGACCGUCUUCAUCAUCUUCAUGCUGGUCGUCGCCUGCCUGUCCCUCUUACUCAACGUGCUGGAGAUAUACCACCUGGGCUGGAAGAAGCUUAAACAGGGCAUGACCAACCACUAUGGCCCAGACACUGCUGAAUCCAGGGUGGGGGCCAUGAUCUCUGGGGAUGAGCUCCCACUCCCCUCCCACUAGGCCACAGACACCGGCACUAUGGGGCGCCCUUCUACUGCACGCACUGUCUCUUCCCUGGGAUGGGCAACAGUCAUUAUUAUUCCAGGCCCUCCACCAGCAACAGACUUCAACAUGGCAGCUCUUUCCCAGACAGGGAAGGGCCACCCUGACAAAUUCCACAACAGCAGCCACCACCUGAUAAUGACAGAGCAGAACUGGGCCACCAGGAGCCUGGGCAGCAGUUCCGUGAGGAAGGUCCCCCCUGUGUCCACCUCUUCCUCCUUUGCCCCUCCAGGCAGCCGCCUGCAAACCCCUCAGGAGGGCAGAGAAGGCAGCAAGGAACCUGUCGUGUUGGAGAAUGGGGUCAGCAGCGUCCUGGGAGAGAGCAUGGAAGUGACUCCUGCUGAGCGGCAGCAGGCAGCGACCGCUGUGGAGAUGCACAAGCCGCCUUUGCUCCCCACAGACCCCAGACGGUCAAGCAAGGCCAGUAAGGCCAGCCGCAGUCAGGCCAGACCCAAUGACUUGGCCAUCUAG